GCAAUUUUGAGGAAAAAGAAAAACAAAGUAGUAAAUUUAUUUGCUCGAAAAAUUACAGACAAACUGCAUUCUUAUCUUCUACUGCUUUCGAUAAGAAAUUACAAUGACAGAAAACCAAGGAGUCAGUGCUUUUCCUCUCCCACCCAUGCAGUAUGCAAACAUGUAUUCAGAUGAAAACGUAAAAAGAGGUCGUGCCCCACCACCACCACCACCUAUUACAGAUACUUACACCAUGUUUGGUGCCCAGUUUACAGCAGAUGAUGUCAUCAUUCGUCCUCUAGAAGCUUCAAAUUGUCGAAGACUUUAUCCAAAUCAUUACGAUCCCAAGCGUGAGCUAAAGAAACUAAAUCAUUCCAUUCUCAUCAAUUUCCUGGAUUUACUCGAAGUUCUCAUUCAAUCACCUGAAUCCCAUAAAAGACAAGAAAAAAUUGAAGACUUGCAGAUACUUUUUAUAAACCUGCAUCAUCUGAUUAAUGAGUUUAGACCUCAUCAAGCCAGAGAAACCUUGCGCGUGAUGAUGGAAAUACAAAAGAAAAAAAGACUUGAAAUUGCUGAUCGUUUUCAAAAGCAUUUAGAAAAAGUGAAAGAACUUAUUGAAGGAUCAGUGAACACAAUUCCCGAAGACAUGGAUUCUAAAGUUUUAGUAAAAAGUGAACUGUUGCAAAAUAAAAUAGCGAAACCAGAUGUUCCUGUUGGAUCAGAAUCAUGUGAUAGACUGGAUGAGAUGAUGUGUGACAUAGUUGAUGAAAUGACUUGAUUGAAUGAUGGUGAUAUACAUGUACAGAUACUGUAGUAUAAUACAUGUAUGUGAUAUGUUGUAUCCUAUUAUCCAUUGAACUAUGUUCUCUCACAUUUGGGUAGGGUAGAUUUGUAGAUCUUAUUCCUUGAAAAUUUGAACAGACAUAUUGUUUUGAUCACAUCAACAUAAGGAGUAUAUACAAAUGAGGGCUGAAAAGUGUUAUUUACUGGCCUGUCGAAUCGAAGGCUGUCAGCAUAGCAAAGCCAAAAUGGCAUCACAGGGGCUGAUUCCUGGGACAAUUUUUACACUAAUAAACCAUUGUACCAUUAAGAGUACCAUUGAUUGUGCAUGGUCUUAAAUUCUAGGUUUGAUAUUUUAUUCUGGCUGGUUGUACAAGAACUCAAUUGCUACAUGCAUACAUGUAUAGUUUGGCCAAUAAAAAUAAAAUAUAUUGAAAAUA